CCAAGUGUCUGCAGUGUGGAGCCAACGAUUCUCAACAACGCACGAACGAACGCUGCCCUACAGGGGACAACCCAGCACGACACAUCCUCUCUUCCUUAUAUAGCUCUCUCAUUUUGCAUCCCUCUCUCUCUCUCUCUCUCUCUAUACCUUAGCGCGAUUCAUCUUUCAGGAAUCUCAGAUCUCUUCCUCUCGCUCUCUGGGUAUAUCGUUUCUUGAUUCCAAUUCUUGUUUUUUCCCUCCGUGUCGUUUCUUGGUUCGAAUCGAUGGCGUCUGCUGCUGGAACCUCCCUUCGCAUGAAGCUCGUGUCGUGCUCUUUGAAGCAGACCCAGCCAUCAAACAGCGGAAUCUCAAGUCUGAGAUCAGUCUCAAUACCCAUCAGUACGAAAGGCUAUCCGUCUCUUGUUUCACGCCGAGGGUCUUCCCGCCUUCAGGUUUUCUGUGCGGCCAAGCCCGAGACAGUGGACAAGGUCUGUGCAAUAGUGAGGAAGCAGUUGGCGCUGCCGGAUGACUCUGCGGUUACAGGAGAGUCUAAGUUUGCAGCACUUGGAGCUGAUUCUCUUGAUACGGUGGAGAUUGUGAUGGGCCUUGAGGAGGAAUUCGGGAUCAGCGUGGAGGAAGAGAGUGCUCAGAGCAUCACCACUGUCCAAGAGGCUGCUGAUAUGAUUGAGAAGCUCAUUGGGAAAGAUGCUGCUUAAGAAUUAGCUUUAAAGACUCCCCUAAGAACCAAGUACUCUUAUGAAGAUGAUGUUGUUGGUGACUCUUGUGUGGCUUUGCCAUGUUGAGGACUAUCUACUUACUAGAUAUAUUUGCAAGUUUUGCAAGGGAUUUUCAUCCUAAGUUAUUAUUUUUGGCCUGAAAUGGAACUCUGCUGCUUGUG